CAGCAAAGACUUUUGACGAAUUUCUGAGGCUACAACUCAAAAGUCAAACAUUUCUUCAGGACGUAAUUGCUGUCCCUACAUUCGAGCAUCCAUUGGAGUGUUUUAAUCAGCAAGUUGAUAUAAACAAUAAGUGUCUAAAAUACAAAGAAUAUCAAGAUUUGGACCUCUUAAAGGCAUGUGCUCAGCUGUCAAGUAAAAGUUUUAUUGUGAGAGACCGUGACGGGGAUAUGUUGUUCAACAACAUUUUCUGUGCUAUCUGUGACUUCGGCAGCUGUUUACAAAUUUAUUGUACUGAAGGUAAACAUCUAAGAGAUGAUGAGUGUGUGGAAAUCAUCAAGGAUGUUGUCGGUAUCGAAUACAAUCUAAAUAUGAUGUUUGUCCUCGACAAUGAAGACGACUACAAGACCUGGUUAAAAUUUCAAAAGAAUUUCUCUCACAUUCAAUUGAUUCAGUUAUUUACAUUACAUAUUGAAGUUGAACUUCAACUACUUGAUAGCAAAUAUAAAAUUGCCACUGUGCUCAAAGAAGGCAAUGAUCCUUGCAGAUUAGAGAAUGUUAAGGGAAAUAAAUCACAAGUCAUAUUCACCACUCAAGGAACUGUUGUGGCCCCUGUGUCUAUGUCAAGAACACAAUUUGAACAGAACAUAAUUACUAAUCUAAUGAGACCUUUUUUUCCUAUAAAUCUAUCACCCACAGAUUUUGUUCAACUUGAGCCAGUUGUCAUUCUAAGAGAGUCCGUGCUCGGUAAAUUGUAUUUGCAAAAUCUGUGUGACUUAAGCAGUCAAACUAAAUUCGUAUACUUUUACAUGUACAACGAAGGAGAAGAAAUUCUUAAACAUGUGGUGACUUAUCAAAAUGAGUUAGAAAAUGUUUUAUUUCAUAUGGACAUUUGGACGUAUCAUUUAGAAACUAGAUACUCCAGACCAUAUGAAAGAAACCGUCUACAUGUUAGCCAGAUACUUGUGUGUAAGUUUGUAAGUUUUAACCAAACAGAUUACCUGAUGACCAUUAAUGAUUCAGUUAUACCACCGGAAGUGAUAAUAACAAUAAAUCUCAACGUGACUGAAGUAUAAAUAACAGACAAUAAGGAACUUAUCAUGAUCGAUAUCAAUACAAACGGAGGACUGGAUGUCUGUACCGACUUACUGGACAUGAAACUAAAGGGACAUAACAAUUAAAGGUCGGAAGAGUGAAAAGAAUUAAAAAGAGCUAAUUCUAACUUUGCAAAGUUCUUUGGAUAAAUUUAAUUACAUUUUAUAAUUCAUCAUAUCCUAAAUGUUCAAUGUUAAGUAAUAUAACUUACAUUAUAAAAUGUAAAAACAACAUAAGAUCGGUGAUAAAAUUAUAAGAGAUUAAUAAUCUGAAUCUUCCUUUGGCUGCAAUGUGUACCAUUAAUAUUUUAUAUGGCCAUAUUAUGCAUUUUUUCUACAUAACAAAAAUCAUGUUGUGAAGGAAAAAUUUCCCUAUUGUUUUUAUGGCCGAUUCUAAAACAGUAAGCCCAUCUUAGCAUUAACCGAUAUAUCGCUUACUUCAAAAAAAAGUUUAAAGUUAUUAUUUUUUAAUUCAUUUCAACAGAUAUAUUUUCUUAAAUAUACAUUUAAUAAUUGAUGACAGCAGACUUAGAAUAGUUUUCUCAUUGUCUAUUGACUAAAGUGGUUGGACAGUGAUUUACUUAAGAUUUAAUUUUCUAUGUCAGAAAUGUCUAAUACCAGCAGGUCAUCUUAGGCCUAAACUGCGAUGCUUUCCUAAGCAUAGAAAUUUAUCUUGAAAACUGCUUGUUGAAGCCGCAGCAAUUAAAUACUGUUAUUGACAUUUUUUAGUCACUGAUACAAUGUCAACUUCUGCUAGAAAAUUAAGUUGAAUUCGUCAUUGUAAAAGUUUCACCAAAUUGAUCUUUAUUAUUUUAAUAUUAAUAUGAAACUGUUAACUGCAU